AUCGUUAGUAUCGUGGUACUGUAGGUUGAAGUUAGUUCGGAAUUAAAGGCUCUUGGCUCUAGGUUGUGCAGUGCAAUAGGUCGAUGUGUGGCGUACGUAUGUGUCCCGGGCCUAUUUGAUAUUCAGUGAGACAGGUGGAUGGACUCCGGCAGCAAAGCAACGGCGACGAAUCCUCAACUGAGCCCUGAGAUGCCCGUCACAGUAGCAAAUUUGAAACAAAAUAAUGUGAUUGGUGGUGGCGCUGUUAGCGCUAGUCAGAGUCUUAAGCUACCCAAUUUGCCCCUCGCAAUUUCCAAAAGCGAUAUUGAUAAUGAUACGAACUUAUCUAACAAGCAGUAUGAUAAAAUCCACGAUAAGAACGAGGAGAACCGUCGAUUGCUUGGUACUAGCGGUGUGCCUCAGAAGAAGACAGUUAUUGUGCCUUCGUUGUCUGUUGGGACAGUUGUGCCAACCAACGGCUUGAAGCAGAGUCCCGCUGUGUCACCGACAGGUAAAAAUGACAGUGUGAGUGUUGGCAUUCCCCCAACCCCUAAUGGAGGUAUAGCAAAGACUGAAGAUUCGAAACUACAGAACAGGAAUGGAACAGGGAGCAGGCGGUUACGACGUCCUCAGUUCAUACCAGAACUCGAACUUCCGGGCCUUGGUGAAAGUAUUCGAGCAGGACACACUCUCCCGCUAACAAUGUCUAGCCUCAGAUCGCUAAAGCUGGAGGGUGCGAAUGGCCCUCAGCCAAUCAUCGCAACGCCAGGCCCCAAUUGGAGAAGCUCGUUCUGCUUCUCGGAAGCUGCAAGUCAUAUCUCGGUGCGGUCCCUGGCUUCCAUCGGUAUGGGCUCCACCGAUGGCAGGAAGGUCACAAUUCGACGGGUACCCACUUCUCCCACCGAGCUCUUCAACGUCGUUCAGUCUCCCACGCCAACAGAAGGGGACAUCUCGUCAGAGAGCGACAGCAGCAGCUACGAUCCCCUGGAUGAGUUGACACACUACAGGUUACCACGGAGGCAACACUGGUCCAACAAGGCGCAGUUCGUGCUCGCAUGUGUUGGUUACUGCGUAGGCCUGGGAAAUCUCUGGAGGUUUCCCUAUCUUUGCUACAGGAGUGGUGGAGGUGUAUUUUUGGUGCCAUAUUUCCUCAUUCUCGUCAUAUGUGGAAUUCCAUUACUGUAUAUGGAGCUUGCUGUAGGUCAGUUCACAAGAAGAGGACCUAUUGGUGCACUUGCUCAGAUCUGUCCACUGUUCAAAGGUGCUGGUUUGGCCAGUGUUGUUAUUUCUUUUAUAAUGUCAACAUACUACAAUGUGAUUAUAGCGUAUGCCAUCUAUUAUUUCUUCACGGCAUUUAAAUCUGAUGCUCCUUGGAGUUCAUGUUCAAACCGCUGGAAUACUCAGAAGUGCUGGACAACAAGAGCUUUAAACUUAACAAAACCACUUGAGUCCAGAACACCUUCAGAAGAAUUUUAUGAUGGCAAGGUGUUGCAGGUCAGUGAAGGAAUUGACAACCUGGGAGUGAUUCGUUGGGAACUGGCAGCAUGUCUCAUCUUAGCAUGGAUUCUUGUCUAUUUCUCAAUAUGGAAGAGUGUUAAAUCCUCUGGAAAAGUCCUCUACUUUACAGCAACAUUCCCAUACUUGCUCAUACUAGCAUUUCUUGCACAUUCUCUUACCCUGGAUGGGUCAGAUGUGGGUCUCAAAUACUUCUUCAAACCACAGUGGGAACUUCUUGGGGAUUCUAAGGUGUGGGUGAAUGCAGCAGCUCAAAACUUCAAUUCUCUUGGAAUUGCCUUUGGAUCUGUGAUGUCAUUUUCCAGUUACAACCGGUUCAACAACCAAAUCUUGUUUGACACUCUGGCAGUAUCUACAAUAAACGGGUUUACCAGUAUAUUAGUAGGAAUCUUUGCAUUUGCCACUAUUGGCAACAUUGCUUCAGAACAGGGAACACCGAUUGAAAGUGUCGUAUCAGAUGGUCCUGGAUUAAUAUUUGUGGUUUAUCCUCAAGCAAUGGCCAAAAUGCCUGCACCUCAGUUGUGGGCUGUUCUUUUCUUCUUCAUGCUCUUAUGUCUUGGUCUCAAUAGUCAGUUUGCCAUAGUAGAAGUUGUGGUCACUUCCAUUCAGGAUGGAUUUCCAAAGCUAAUUAAAAAGCAUCUUAUGUGCCAUGAGAUGUUGGUCUUGAUUGUGGUUAUAAUUUCAUUUCUUUUUGGAUUGCCACAUAUAACAGAGGGUGGAAUCUACUUCUUCCAACUAGUUGAUCACUUUGCUGCUUCCAUUUCAAUAAUGUACCUGGCUUUCUUUGAGGUGAUUGCCAUCUCAUGGUUCUAUGGUGGCCAUAGGCUCGCCAAUAAUGUUCUAGAGAUGACUGGAAGAUUACCUUCUCCUUACAUCCGGUUCUGUUGGUGGGUUGCAGCUCCAGCUUUGCUCAUGGCUGUCUGGGUGUUUAGCCUCAUUGACUACACACCUCCAACAUACAACAAUGGCACUUAUAAAUAUCCAAUUUGGGCAGAAACUUUAGGAUGGAUCAUUGCUUCACUGUCCCUUAUAUGUAUUCCAGCACAGGCAACUGUUGUUAUUCUGCGAACUGAGGGAAAUUCCUUGCUUGACAAGCUUCGCAAAUCAGUGAAGUCAGACUUUAAUUUCUGUGAGACUUGUGGGCAAGAGAAAUGUCAGCAUACUUCAAGCAGUAAAGAAGAAGAAAGAGAAAUGACAACUCUAAUUGACAAUAAAAUAGAUGUACAGAUUGUGCCAACUAACCGUUCAUAGCGUUUGCUUUAAUUUACUGUCAACCAUUACCUUAAAUCAGUUUGAUAAUUUUUCUGGCACUCCAGUGAAAGUGAAAGGCACAGCCAUUCUAACCUUCUUCCAGAAACAAUGGGAAAACUCUUUUAACUGAGGUCACCAAACGCAGCUUAGACUGAGGUCACAGUAUAAGACACAAGAUGCAGCUGAGACUGAGAUCAGUGUAUAAGGUACACAAUGUAAGUUAGAUUGAGUCACAAUAUAAGAUGAAAGAUACAGUUUAGACUGAGAACAAUGUAUGAUGUACAAAAUGGGGUUUAGAAGGUUAAACUGAACACACAAUAUAAAAUAAAAAAUUCAAAUUUAAAAUAAGAUACAAGAUGCAGUUUAGAAUGAGGUCACAGUUUAAGACAAGAUGCAGUUUAGACUGAGGUCACAAUAUAAGAGAAGUAUUUUGAAGAAGUUAUUUAUAACUGACAGAUAUUACGCAAUUAUAGUUUUAUUAAUGACAUAGAAAAUAUGUGAUUAUUGUAUAAAUACAAGCCAUUAGGGUGUUUCAAUUAGACCAACCUGCUGCCAAGAUUGUUGGUUAUAUCUCAUGUACGUAAGAUGACUCCUAAAAAUAUAGCAGUGAAAUCUGAUUAUAUAUUUAAUCAUUAUUAAAUUAUUUAACUUUCCACAAAUUUAUUAUACCUACUGUUAAUUAUACUUAUGAAUUAUUAGAGCUGGUUGGUCAGUUUUACAAUGCCAAAGAAUGUAGGAGUAAGUAUGUUCCAAAUAAAAAUUUUUGUACUAA